AUGUCCAUAAGUGUUUUCGCUUUGAGGCCUUUGAUUUCAUCAGUCAUCAAGCUGAAUAAAGAAACGCUGUUGUAGGAAACAGCGUCUGAUUUUUCGUCGCAGUAACUCGCCAGCCCCCCCUCCAUAAAUGACUGAUUGGCGAGCCUUUCUAUAUGGGGGACUGGCAUCAAUGACUGCUGAGCUGGGGACUUUCCCAGCUGAUACCACCAAGACACGAUUACAGGUCCAAGGACAAAAAAUAGAUGUUCACAACCGCGAGCUGCGUUACCGUGGUAUGGUACAUGGCUUAUAUAGAAUAGCCAGAGAGGAAGGCAGCAGGGCUCUCUACUCCGGAAUUGCACCAGCAUUACUGAGGCAAGCUACCUAUGGGACAAUCAAGAUAGGCAUAUAUCACUCACUUAAACGAGUGAUUGUAAAAAACCCUAAAGAUGAGACCCUCAUGGUCAAUAUGUUUUGUGGGAUUGUGGCGGGAGUGGUGUCUAGCGCAGUGGCCAACCCCACGGAUGUUCUCAAGGUGAGAAUGCAAGCUAACAGCAGUCAGGAAAUAAAAACUACAAUGCCGAGGGCUUUCAUGAAUAUCUAUAGAACGGAAGGAAGGAAAGGUUUAUGGCGUGGUGUCGUUCCGACGUCACAACGAGCAGCUGUUGUAGCUGGUGUUGAACUUCCUGUCUAUGAUACAAGCAAGAGAUACAUCAUAAACCAUGGUCUACUAGGAGAUACUAUAUUUACUCAUUUUAUAGCCAGUGUUAUAGCAGGUCUAGCAGGAGCCGUAACAUCUAAUCCCAUUGACGUUGUAAAGACACGCAUGAUGAACCAGAAAGCCUUGAAGAGCACAGUGGUAGGAGAGGCUGCUGCUGUCCAAACCAUAUACACCUCUUCUAUAGACUGUCUAACACAGACGGUGAGAAAUGAAGGAUUUAUGGCACUCUACAAAGGAUUUAUACCAAAUUGGUUCCGGCUGGGACCGUGGAAUGUAAUUUUUUUUAUAACUUUUGAACAAAUGAAGAAAAUUUAUUGACAAAACAGUAUGCUGAAUCGCGACAGCAGAUUCUUCUGAUAUUCUUCCAAAAUUUGUCUGUGAUCAUCCUCUACAUCUGUCAACUUUUACAUACGUGUGUCAAUGAUGUGUAGUAUGUCAUGUGUCGGCAACAGCAACAUCCUGAUGACAAUAUGGUACUGUAACUUGAUCAGCAUAAUAAUCUAUGUGUGAUCAUGACAUGUCCAUUGACAUGCAUAAACACAUUGGUCAAAACAGGUGUCAGUUUGAUAUGAUCCAUCUGUUUAUGUCAUCUCACACGUACUUUGACAUGCAUAAUCGCAUGGAUCACAGCAGGUUUCAGUUUGACAUGAUCCAUUUGUUUGUGUCGUCUCACAUGUACAUGGAAAUGCAUAAUCACAUGGGUCAAAACAGGUGUCAUAUUGACAAGAUCUGUAAGUAUGUGUCAUGGCAAACUUUACAUCAGGAGGAACCAUAUCCACUGAAAUGCAUUAACUACAUGCACCAUACAUCAGACAACAGACUAAGAUCUCUGUAUUUAAGUUUGUGGUCCUACAGUCUUCAUCAACAGCAUGGCGUUUGUUUUAUGAAAUAGUUUGUAGUGAAGAUAAAUUUCUUAUCCACUGGUAUGCUUCUGAAAAUUUGUCAGUUAAAAAUUUUUGAUGUUUUGCUUAUGUUUUGCUAUGUAAGCAAGCACGAUCCAUUUAAUGCCUUAUUCUUGCUUAAAUUUUCACUAAAGCUGAAAUUGUAACAAGUGGGUUAUUUUUUGUUAAAUUAAUGGAUUCUUCAUGCAGUAUCACAAAUUUGCUUGGUACCUUUGAUCCUUCUCACACCAGAAUCAAAGCUGCUUUAUGCAUCCAUACCUGUCAUGUCCUAGGAUUUGGAUGAAGGCCUCAAGUUUAUUUUCAUGAAUAUGGUCAUUUUCACUGUAGAAUUUUCUUCCUAAGCAGGAGAUUUUUUGAAAUGAAAUUAUUAAUAUUUUUUAACUUCUGAAUCAGUAAUUUGUUUUAUUCUUAAAACUGAGUUGAUUGUAAUA